AUGGUUUCAUUUAGAAGUGUUUACGUUCUGAGCUGCUUCAUCGUCUGUUUUCCAGCAGCUUUAUGUGUUGAACCUCAUUCCCAUAUAAAAGGAAAUGUUCAGUCCCUACUGAAGUUAACUCCCUGGAACUGGAAGCACAUGAAUACAUCAGUCAAAGUGGACACUCCAGUCUCCGUGGACAUUUCUCUCUUGUCCCACUACAGGCUUACUGGAAAACACUUCAAUAAGUAUCAGAACAUACAAAGAGCAAGGGAUUGUUCAGCUAUUCUAAAAUCCAUUCCUCAUACAAAAGGUAGAAAUGGCGUCUAUAUUAUCUACCCUGACCAGAGGACACAGAAAAUGGCGUACUGUGACAUGACUACAGACGGAGGGGGUUGGACAGUAAUUCAAAGGAGAAUUGACGGGUCUGUAGAUUUUUAUAGAUCUUGGAAGUCCUAUAAAGAGGGAUUUGGCAAAGCUGAGGGAGAAUACUGGUUAGGUAAUGAAGUAAUUCAUUCACUUACCACAAGAGCAAAACAAGAAUUGAGGGUUGACCUUCAGAACUUUUCAGACAAAAAAGCAUUUGCCAAAUUUUCAACAUUUUCCCUCGGAAGCGAGUCCCAGAAAUACAAACUGAAGGUUGAUGGAUACAGCGGAACUGCGGGAAAAAGCUUAGAAUAUCACAAUGGGAGAGGGUUUUCCACGAAAGACCAGGACAAUGACUCAAGUAGUGGUUCAUGUGCUGUCUCGAAAAAACCGGCGUGGUGGUUUGGAGACUGUGGUUACUCUGACCUAAACGGACAGUAUCACAAGUCCGCUGUCAAAACGUGGGCCUGUGUUCUGUGGUAUCACUUUGGUAGUGAACAACGUUCUAUGAAGUAUGCAAGAAUGAUGAUCAGACCCAAAAGUUAAUG